GAGAUGGGCAUGAAAUCUUCUUACCAUCGCAAUCUCCUUUUUCUGCUUUUUCAUUACCAUCACAAUUGAUAUUCAAGAAAGUUACAAUAAGUUUGAUAUCUAUUCACUCUCCAAAUUUGUACCUUGAUGCAAGUGUAGAGUUUUUCAUACCAAAAUAAAAAAAAAUUGUGAACUCUUUCGUUGGAACUUGGAACUUUUCCCUUCGUUUUAUCUUUUACUAUUCCUUCUCUAUCUCAAUGAGUCGUCUCAUGCUUAUUACUCUUUCUUUUCUGUUUUCCCACAUUUCUAAUUUUGGAGAUACUCAUGCUAAACAGUUAUGUCGUCCUAAACAAAGGGAUGUACUUCUUGAGUUCAAGGAUGAGUUUGAGACUCCGAACUCUCAUGAUAGUUGUUUCGUUAACAAUUUAAAUCGUCAUCCGAGGAUGAAGUCAUGGAUGUAUAACAAGGACUGCUGUGAUUGGGAUGGUAUCAAGUGCGAUCUCAAAUCUGGAGAAGUGAUCGAGCUAGACCUUAGCUUCAGCUGCCUCCAUGGCCAUACUAGUCUUUUUAAGCUGAAAAAUCUUCCUUCCCUAAACAGUCUUAGCCUUUCACAUAAUAACUUGAGCGGUGAAGUCUUGUUCUCAAUUGGAAACCUUUCUCAUCUCACUUUUCUUGAUCUUUCAAAUAAUCUUUUCAGUGGCGGGAUACCUUUAUCGAUUGGAAACCUAUCGCAUCUCGCCUCUCUCGACCUUUCUGAUAAUUAUUUUAGUGGUGAAAUCUCAUCUCUAACUGAAAAUCUUCCGCAUCUCACCACUCUUGGCCUCUCUAAUAACCAUUUUGGUGGUAAAAUUCCAUUUUCGGUCGGAAACCUUUCUCUUCUUACCAUUCUCGGCCUUAGUAAUAAUAAUUUUGAUGGUGAAAUCCCAUCUUCUUUUGCUAGUCUAAACCGGUUGAACACCUUAAUGUUUAGAGACAAUAACCUGAGCGGAAAAUUUCCCACGGCGUUACUAAACCUAACAAAGCUGUCAAUUUUAGGUAUCUCCUAUAAUCAUUUCACAGGCACACUUCCAGCUAAUAUCAAUUCACUCUCCAACUUGCUUUACUUUGAUGCAUCUGUAAACUCUUUCUCUGGAACCCUCCCUGCUGCUUUCUUUGCAAUUUCUUCUCUGAGAUAUCUUGAUAUGAGCAAUAACCAACUCAAUGGCACUCUUGAGUUCGGUAAUGUAUCUUCAUCAUCUAAUAAUCUAGUGUCCUUAUUCCUUGGUAAUAACAACUUCAGAGGGCCCAUCCCAGUAUCCAUUUCCAAAUUGGCCAACCUUGUGAUUCUUAAUAUUUCCAAUUACAACGUCCAAGGCGGCCCAGUUGAUUUUAGUAUUUUCUCGCCUAUCAAGGGGCUCACCCAGCUUUACAUAUCCCAUUUGAACACCACCACUACUAUUGACUUGAAUGCAGUCUUAUCCUUGCAUCUCAAGUCUAUAUCUAUCUUGGAUCUCUCAGGGAAUCAUGUUUCAACCACAAACAAAAGUUCAGUCGCAAACCAACCUUUGCAACGGUUGAGUAGUUUGUCGCUGUCGGAUUGCGGUAUCACCGAGUUUCCGGAUAUUUUAACAAGACUAGAGAAUAGAAUGACCGAGCUACACAUUCCCAACAACAAAAUCAAAGGUCAGGUGCCUGGAUGGUUAUGGACGCUAAUACGUUACGUGAAUCUUUCCAACAACACUUUCAAUGGCUUUGAAACACCAACAACAAAAUCACCAUCAUCAGUGACUUACUUGUUCGCCUCCGAUAACAAUUUCACGGGCGAGAUUCCCUCCUUCAUAUGUACGCUGGACUCUCUAGACACUCUCGAUUUAUCCAACAACAACUUCAACGGCCCUAUCCCUCGUUGCAUUGGAAACCUCAAGAGUAAUCUCUCGCGUCUCAUCCUUCGUCAAAAUCGUCUCAGUGGAAGUCUUCCGGAAAACAUAUAUGGAAAUCUAAUCUCGCUCGACGUCGGUAAUAACCAGCUGGUAGGGAAGCUCCCAAGAUCGCUAAUCCACUCCUCUACUCUCGAAGUUCUUAACGUGGAAAGCAACAUGAUCAACGACUCGUUUCCGUUUUGGUUGACUUCUCUCCAAAACCUGCAGAUUCUUGUCCUACGGUCCAACGCAUUCCACGGAUCCAUACAACAGCAAACUCGGUUCGCCAAGCUCCGGAUCAUGGACAUAUCGCGGAAUAACUUCAGCGGAACGCUGCCAUCAGUUUUCUUCUCGAGCUGGACUGCAAUGUCCACGCUCGACGAAGAACAAGAUGAAGAAAUGUACAUGGGAUCAGGAUAUUACCACGAUUCGAUGGUUUUGAUGAAUAAAGGCGUAGCGAUGGAGCUGGUGCGUAUCCUGAAAAUAUACACUGCGGUCGAUUUCUCCGGAAACAAACUGGAAGGAGAGAUCCCAAACUCCAUCGGUCUACUGAAAGAGCUUCGUGUGCUAAACUUGUCGAGCAACGCUUUCUCCCGACGCAUCCCACCGUCUUUGGGGGACCUGAAAGCGCUCGAGUCGCUCGAUGUUUCCAGGAACAAGCUCUCAGGUGGGAUUCCGCAAGAGCUAGGAAGUCUCUCGUACCUUUCGCACAUGAACUUCUCUCAUAACCACCUCGCGGGUUUGGUACCAGGGGGCACUCAGUUUCGGACGCAAGGUUGCUCUUCUUUUGAUGACAACGAUGGGCUUUUCGGCCCUGCGCUUGAUGAAGUUUGCAGACGCACCAAUCCGGAACGGGAUGAAACGCCGCUGGAGCCAGAGAGAGAGGGAGAACAUGAGGAAGAGGUGUUGAGUUGGGUAGCAGCCGGGGUUGGUUUCGUACCUGGUAUUAUCUUUGGAUUUACGAUUGGAUGCAUGCUGAUUUCUUACAGACCAGAGUGGUUCGUCAACAUUUUUGGCCCAAGCAGACGCAGAAGGGCAAGCACCACAGCUCGUUAAAAAAAGUAAUGUUCUGAAUAUGCGAAAAAAUAUAUUUUAAUUAAAUAAUUCAGAUGAAUGAAUAAACGGGAUUAGUACUUGGUAAUUGCUUUCUGUUUGUAGAACCUUCAUAAACCCAAGUUGAAGAGUCUCAAAGAAUAAAAUCAAGCAACCAAACAUAAUGGACUGAAGAGAAAGAAGCUUGGGGAGCAAAAAAAAAAUACACUUAUAAAAUAUGCAAAAAUAUAGCUAGGUAAAUAUUUUAAAUAAAUCAAGCAACCAUUUCAAAGUUUUUAUUUUACUCUCAAGAUUUAUAUUUGCUCAUUUUUUGUAUGUGUAAUCUUGAUUCCAAUUAUAUACGCAUGUGGUUUUCA